AUGGCGCUGCCUGGCUCGCCAGCUCCGCGCCGGGCUGCCUCGCCGGCACGGAAGGUGGUGGAAUCCGCGCCUGCACAGCCACGCGCAAAGCGCGCGGCCUCGCCGGCCGCAACGCGCGAGAGGCCGCCACCGCGGACCACGAUUAAGCCCUCGCCUCGAAAGGCUGCAGCGGGCGCGCUUGAGCUCUCUUGGCUCGGGCGCCAGCGCGCCGCGUUCGGGCUGCCCUUCCUCACCUGCAUCUGCGUCGUCUACUUUGCGCAGGGCUUUCGCGCCCUCUCCGGCCUCGCGACCCAGUUCUUCCUCAAGGACUCGCUCGGCCUCGAGCCGGCCGCGAUCCAGAGCCUGCUCGCCACUGCAGCGCUGCCGUGGUCGGUCAAGCCCCUCUACGGCCUCGUGAGCGACGCCGUGCCGAUCCGCGGGCAGCACCGCAAGCCGUAUCUCGUCCUCGCCGCCGCCGUCGGCCUCGCCGCGUGGAGCGGGCUCGCCCUCCUCGCCGCGCCCGGCGCCGCGGCCGCCUCCCUGCCGCCGCUGACGGCAAUGGCGCUGCUGACUGCGCUGCUGCUGCUCUCCAACCUUUCCACCGCCCUCUCCGACGUCGUCGUCGACGCGAUGGUGGCGGAGGCGGCUGCGCGCGAGGCGGCCUCCUCGGGCGGGCAGAGCGCCGCCGGCACCGAGGGCGAGAAUGCCCUCCAGAGCUUGUGCUGGGGUGCUCUCGCGGUGGGCGGGCUCUGCGGAUCGGGCCUCGGCUUCGCCGCUUCGGCCGUGCCGGCCUGCGCCAUCUUCGGCCUCUCCGCCGCGUGCCCCGCCCUCGUGCUCGCCGCCUCGCACGCCCUCUCCGAGCCGCCGCACUCCGAGCCGCGAGGCACCGCCGGCGGGAGCUUGGCCGCGCUCGGCGCCGCCGGCGCCGCGCUGCUGCGCGCGCUGCGGCUGCCGUCCAUCUACAAGCCGCUCUGCUUCUUCCUGCUGCAGAACGCGCUGGCGAUGCUCUUCUUCCUCACCGACGAGCUCGGCUUCACGCAGGGCUUCCUCGCGCUGCAGGGCGCCUCGCUCUACGCCACCUUCAUGUCGACGUACAACUUUGGGCACACCCUCGCCGGCGCGUCGGGGGCCGCGCUCCUUGCGCCGUUUGGCGUGGAGAAGGGCGCGUACGCUGGGCUCGUGCCGCUGCUGCUCGUCCGCUCCGCGACGCUCCUCCUGCCCCUCCUCCUCCUCAAGCCGCUCCUGGGCGGCGCGACGGACCGGCUCAAGACCGACUGA